UUCGUCAUACACAGAUAUUAAUUAAAAACUAAUUAUUGGCACCGUGCCGCCAUUCGGAGGUGCCAUCUCGGAAAUCUUCGAGCGCCUCAAUGAGCGUCGCCUGAAAUUACCGUCGUUUUGCGGAGCAAGUUUCUCAUAUCAGCUAUAAGGACCUGCUGCUGGUGACGUCAUAAGGAGAUGUAGAAGUGAGUUUCACGAUCAAAAAAAUCAGAGCGUCGGGGUGGCACGCGCACUGUCGGCUCGCGCACACGCGGCAUUUUAAGGCUCAAAUGAGCAGCUCGCGCUGAAAAGACUCCUUCGUUUUGACUGGCUGCGCAGGUAAGACCCACUCGAUUUAUACAGACCGUGUUCACAAAAGCGAAAAGUAUAGCAGGUGUUAUUGUUAUGAAAUAAAGUUCUGUUUAUUCCCGACAACAACGUCGUCCGUUAUGGAUUAUGUUUGAUUUCUGCGCGCGCAGUUUGGCGUGCUUGUCGAAAAGUGGACAGGUUAAACGAGUAAGGAUCUGUAGUUGCAGGACUGCCUAAGAUAUUUAAAGAGGUUCCCAAAGCUCUUUGAUGACAAAACGACUUCUUUCACGGCUAAGCAUUGCAUUCAGAUACAAGGAGCCUUUGAGCUGCCCAGGGGAACUUGUUAGGCAUACCAAGAAGGUCCACAAGAGGCGAAUCUUUUAAUCUUUUUUUAUUUUAUUUCUUGUACAUAGAACGCACGUGUGGAUCAUACUUAUGUAAUAUGUGGCAAUUAAAUCGCAACCUGGAGAGCUUUUCUAAAAGCAAACCCGCAUUUUUGCACAAAGAAAAGCAAUGUAGACCCUGAAUAGCUAUCCAUUCGUUUUCCGUUUCAUCUCUCCCUUUGGAGACAGUGGGUAUAGGCUACUGGAAUAAAGCAGAAUCGACAACAAAAGGAUCAUUUUAACCUAAACCAUGAUUGCCCGGAUACUGUACUUUUUUCUUUGGUCUGCGGCAUUUUUAUCCGAGCUGCAGUGCGCUUCUCAGAGAGCCGCAGACGCAGUUACUACUAUCCCCACGUCCGUUUUCAUCAACGGCACCGACAAAAAGGACUCCAACCAAACCUUCACCUCACGCCUCAAAAGGAAGACGCUGUCGGUGGAUUUUGCCGUGCCGUCGCUGUUACGGCACUACAUGGCUCUGUUUAUAAAGCGCCCGCUUAACGGAGACUGUCUGACGUUUAACGGAUGUUACACGGUACGCGCGAACUUACUUAUGCGCUGCGAGCCGCUACAGAAAACCAUCGCCAGUUUGCUCUAUGUAAAGUCGGCCGCAAUGAAUGUCAACAAAUCCAGCACUGCACAGCUCCCGUAUCGAAACAAGCGGCCAGUGCCAAAAGUUUUGAAUUUGGGUUUGACCAAAGCCAGUCGAAAGUCCAAUCAAGUUGUGGUGGAGGUGGGCGAGGAGAUGGUUAAAACGGGAUGUGGAGGUCUGCAUGUGUAUGAGGACGCGCCGGUUCUGUUUUUGGAAAUGGACCUAACGCGGAUUUUGGAGUGGUGGCUGGGGGCAGAGGGAGGUCGGCUCAGGGUCCGGCUCAUGCCCGAGCGAAAAGCUCAGGUCCCAGUAAAGGAGGACAAGUACUCCUCGGCCAUCAGAGCUUCAGACGCCCGACUGUUUCUCCACAUAGCCUCAAGUGACCGACCCAUGCCGAAAAACUCUGGAAAUUCCUUCGCUGCCCCCAAAUAUUGGAACUUUUCAUGGAUAGCAGUGGACGAGCUAACCUUCCCUGGGGACCCUGUAUCAACUUCAGAUUGCUCCACAAAGGGAAAGUCAUGUGACCGUGGGCAUACUGGAUAUUAUCCUGAGUUUGCAUGGAGUUUAACAUUAGCAGAGGACUCCUGGGCAAAGAACCACAUGAUGGAGAGUACAAAACCGAGUACCCAGGGAUGGGAGGAAGACCGGUUUCUCACAGUGAACGGCUCAUCUCUGACAGGGCCGUGGGUUUUGAGCCCAUGGCUACGUGCCACCCAUCGGCCCUGUGGUUUGGAUUUGACUGUGUUUUUGCACCCCAGGCAGAGUGGACGUUACACUGUCUGGCUCAUUGAGAGGGACAAGCCACCACUUGCUCUCCUGACCACAGAGCACCCCCACAUUAUUGGCUGGGCGGUGGUGCACCUGAGCUUGGGCGCUCGUAGCAAACCCUUCAGGAUUUCUUCCAGCUACAACCAGCCCGGCAACAUGGAGAGAGCGACCUAUGACUUUCGUUUCACCACCAAUUGCACCAUAGAAACCUCUCGAAACGUCACUCUCCGGGGCCACUAUCACUGCAGAGAGGGCAGAGAGAUCAAUGUGAGCCAGCUGUGUGACUUCAACCCUGACUGUCCACAAGGGGACGAUGAGGGAGAACAUUGCCGUCAGUUCCUCAAUGGAAGCUAUUGCUCGUUUGGAAGGGAAGACUGCAGCUGGCAAGUGGUUCCAGGUAGCGGUCCCCAAUGGCGUGUCCAUCCAUCCAUUCCCAAAGGCCUAAGAAACAGCUGUCCAUCAUCAGGGGCGGUGUUGGCCAUUGACAGUCAGCCCAAAGGUCGGCGGGGAUCAGGUCAAGUCCGAAGUCCGCUUUUCUUCUACCCACUGCGGAAUGCCCCUUGCAUGGUCAAGUUUUGGGUGUGUGGAUCUUCAAAUGGAGUGCUCUCCCUCUGGAUUAUAGAGAACAGCACAGGUCCCGAGGCCCAUCGCAGUCUCUGGAACUCAACGAACGAGGAUGAUAUGGGCAAUGGAUGGAAACUCAUUACCUUACCUCUUUUUGGAUUGGUGGAUCUGUUCAACCUGCAGUUCAAUGCAGAUAUUUCUUCUGGUGCAGGAAAUGCAUUUGCUGUGGACAACUUUACUCUAAGCAUGGAAUGUUUUCUUGAAACCAAUGGAGAAUUUCCUCCGGUAGUUCCCACAAGCCCUACACAAGUGUUGUUCACACCAAGCAAUGAAAACAUCAAGACCACUACACCACUUUAUGGAGUGCCUGGAGCAUUUUCUCUUCAACCCACGUUGACAGAAUUUGUCAAGUGGAUAUUCCACACAUGCGGAGCCACAGGACAAGAUGGUCCAACGCCAACUCAGUGCAGUAACUCCUAUCGCAACACCAAUGUCAAUGUCACUGUGGGAACUAAGGGACCAUUCAAGGGUAUCCAGAUGUGGCGGAUCCCAGAGACAAGGAAAUACAGGAUCACAGCGUAUGGAGCAGCUGGUGGGCGCAGUGUCUUGGCAGUUCACAAGUCGCAUGGGGUCUACAUCACUGGAGACUUUCUAUUGCAGAAGGAUGAGCUGCUAUAUGUUCUAGUAGGACAGGAAGGAGAGUAUGCUUGCCCUAAUAUGGUGCCUACAAUGGACCGGAUCUGUAGAGAACAGCAAGGACCCUCCAUCAACAAGACCCAGCUUAAGGGAGGGGGAGGCGGAGGAGGGGGGGCAACCUACAUUUUCAGGGUGGAGAAAGGAGUCCACAUUCCUUUGCUCAUUGCUGCUGGAGGUGGUGGUCGUGGCUACAGCAGCCAAUCAGAAAACCCAGAAGAAGUGAUGGACAAAGAUCCCAGCAUUCCCGGACGUAAUGGCAGAUCAGGAGCAGCAGGGGGUGGUGGAGGCUGGAAUGACAGUGCCCCUGUUCCUCAAGGUGGUAGGCCUCUCAUCCUGGGAGCUCAGGGCGGAGAGCCCUGUCAACUUAUGGGCUGGAAGACUCGAGGUGGUUUUGGUGGCGGCGGAGGGGCCUGCACAGCUGGCGGAGGAGGUGGAGGAUACAGAGGAGGCAGUGCAUCACCGGAUAAUGAUCCCAGAAAGGAUGGAGAUGAUGGAACAUCUUUCAUAAGCCCUGAUGGCGAGAUGUAUCUGGAGCCACUUAAAGGCAUGGAGGGCGACGGUGAAGUUAUCAUCAACCCAGUGCAAAACUGCAGUCACUGUGAAUCAGGAGAUUGCCACGAGACCUUUGAGGGCACAGUUUGUUACUGCGAUGAAGAUCUCACUCUAGCCCCAGACGGAGUGUCAUGUAUUAACUCCACUGAUGUCUCUAUCCUGUACGCCCAGCCAUCUCUGUCUCAUCUGGCACUGGGCCUGUCUGUGGGGACCUCUGCACUCAUUGCCGCCUUGCUCUUGGCUGUGUCUGGCGUCAUGAUCAUGUACCGACGUAAACACACUGAGCUGCAGUCUAUCCAGCUGGAGCUACAGAGUCCUGACUGUAAACUCAGCAAACUACGGGCUUCCACCAUUAUGACAGACUACAAUCCCAAUUACUGCUUUGGCGGAAAGACUGCCUCUGUCAAUGAUCUGAAGGAGGUUCCGCGGCGCAACAUAUCUCUGACCAGAGGUUUAGGUCAUGGUGCUUUUGGGGAGGUCUAUGAAGGACUUGCUGUUGGGAUACCAGGAGAGCCCAGCCCUAUGCAGGUGGCUGUCAAGACACUUCCCGAGGUGUGCUCUGAGCAGGACGAACUAGACUUUCUCAUGGAAGCUCUUAUAAUCAGCAAAUUUAGUCACCAGAACAUUGUACGUUGUAUUGGGGUGAGUCUUCAGGCUCUGCCUCGCUUUAUUCUGCUGGAACUGAUGGCUGGAGGAGAUCUCAAGAGCUUUCUGAGAGAAACUAGACCCAGACUAGAGCAUCCUUCCAGUCUUACAAUGGUGGACCUUCUCAACAUAGCCAGAGACAUAGCCCGUGGCUGCCAGUACUUAGAAGAGAACCAGUUCAUCCACAGGGAUAUUGCAGCCAGGAAUUGUCUUCUGACCUGCAAAGGACCAGGGAGGGUGGCUAAGAUUGGGGACUUUGGGAUGGCAAGAGACAUCUACAGGGCCAGCUAUUACAGGAAAGGAGGCCGCGCUAUGCUGCCGGUCAAAUGGAUGCCCCCUGAGGCUUUUAUGGAGGGAAUCUUUACCUCAAAAACAGAUACAUGGUCAUUUGGAGUUUUGCUUUGGGAAAUCUUCUCGCUGGGCUACAUGCCUUACCCGAGUCGCAGUAAUCAGGAGGUGCUGGAGUUUGUGACUAAUGGAGGCCGAAUGGAUCCACCCAAGAACUGCCCCGGGCCAGUGUACCGGAUAAUGACACAAAGUUGGCAACAUCAACCAGAAGACAGACCAAACUUCUCAACUAUUCUAGAGAGGAUUGACUAUUGUCUACAGGAUCCGGAUGUGGUGAAUGUGCCUUUGCCUGUUGAGUAUGGCCCCAUCCCUGAGGAAGAGGAGCGGGUACCCAUGCGUCCCGAAGACCCCUCUGCCCCCUCCUUGCUUGUAAACCCUCAGGGCGCAGAGGAUGCAUCAUCUGCUGCUGCCACCAACACCGAGCAGGCUAAAAGAGACGAAGAUUCCUUGCAUUCCUCUAUGAGCAGCCAAUCCUCUGAUAACAAAUGCCAACCUGUUCCCCCAUCUCAACCCCACACCCAUCACCACCCACACCCCACAGUAACCACUACCCCCAUUGCUGCUGCCAAACCUUCUUCUAUCCUGUCCGCCCAGGAUGGGGGCCAUGUGAACUUAGCUUUCAUGCAGGCCAACUCAUCAGAAAAGGAGAGCCGUAAUGGGAAACCCACCAACCUGUGGAAUCCCACUUAUGGAUCAUGGUUCCUCCAGCAGCAACAGAAGCGGCAGCAGGCUCAGGUGCAGAGGCAGACAAGCGGCCCACGGAUCCCAGGUGAAGGUCAGGAACAAGCAGGCCGGACUGUGACAGUAGCGGAAGCUCUAAACCUGCAGCAACAGCACAAACAGCAACAGUACCAACAGCAGCUCCAACAUCAACAACAGCAGCUGCAGCAACAAGGCAUGUGUCGGCCACUUUUACCCCCUCCACCGCCACCUGCCCCGGCACCAUUACUGCUGGAUUCAGCCACCCUAGCUCCAGUCCCUCUCUACAGACUUCGUCGCUUCCCUUGCGGCAACAUCGGUUAUGGCUACCAGGAGCAAGGCCUACCCAUGGAGCCCAUGCCGGGGCCCCAGCCACCUCCCCAUUCUGGGCAGCAGAGGCCCAUCUCUUUAACUCGGGCUAGUGGGCCUGAGGACAGCCGCCCACUUUUGGUUACCAUGGGAACGGUGCAGGACUCCAGACUUCCGAAAAUGGAAGGGCACAAUGCUACUGUGCUGUGACUGUGCACGCUGUCUCUCUCUCUCUGUCAGUGCCCACUCUGCGAAACACUGUGCUGUUCAGCUAUAUCCACCCUUUGUGCUUUUUUACAUUGUGCUUUACCAUAAAGACAGGACUGAAUGAAAAGGUUAUAUACUGUAAGCUCAAAGAAACGCUACAAUUCACAGUCACUGAAAAAGAAUGAUUGAUAGUUGUUUGCAUACAGAAAUAAGACUGUUGUUCUUCUGAAGGCCACAACUGAAAGCUUGAGAGACAAAAAAAAACUGAUUAAGCCCUCACAAAGACUAUAUUAUAUGAUAUUUUUUCAAAAUUGGGGAGAAAAAAAAUAAAAAUGGGUUUGUUGAUGUUUGCUUGCCUGCUUGUUUAUUUAUUCAUUUAUUAUUUGGAGGUCAUGUAAAUUAUUAAUGGGUGUGCUUCAGAAAGCGAACUGUCCCAUUCAUUAUCAUUUUGUUCACUCUCAGACUUGGUUCGCUUUUAAACUGCUGCAGUUUUCAUCUAUCAAAUAUAAUCAAUAAAAAUAGUAUGUAAUGGUUUGUGUGUGAGCAACGGACUGGUGUUUUAGUGAGUUGGUGGCUUUUUCUACAAUGUGAUAACCCAUUGCCAUGCUGUUAGAAUAGAAACAUGUUGCAACUGGUAAAGUCCCUUUUCACAGGACACUUCAAUGCUCCUCUUACCACAGGUAUCAUGCACUGCUUUGACCUUCACAUGAAAAGCACUGUAGAAGGGUUUUAUUUGUAAAAUAGCAGGAAGAGCACAGAAAUGUGUUAAAGGAAAGUAUGUGAUAAUCUCAGAUUAGAAAGAAAUUGAUUUGUCAAAUAUAGGCUACAUGCGACAAAGACCAUCUAAACCAGGCUGGUAAAAGGUGAUUUUGCAGCACAUUUUAGGUAGUCCGACCAGCAUGGCUUUCUGGUGAAGCUUGUUGACCAAGAAACUCUUGAUGGUUCAGUUAUUCUUCAGCAGGGGAACCUUUGUUGCUGUGUCAUACUCAGUGUAUUUACGUUAGCUCAGUCUUUCACUGAUUUUGUUAUCAUUUCCAUGGCGGCACCAACCAAGAAUGAUACACCAUACCAUACUAUGUUUCGAAAGGACAUUCGUAAAUGGGAUCAAAGUUGUUUGAAAGCUCAGUGUCACUACAGUGAUAAAGUUCCACACAACCAUGUUUCAUCAUAGCUGGACACUUUGUUUCUUAGAUUAAAGCAUUGUGGUAUGACUCUUGACUUUGCCUUGGCAUUGGCUGUGUAAGAUGAAAUUCUUGCAUUUGACUUUGAAUGAUAAGGUAUUAAUAUUUUUUUCUAUUUGGCAUUUGGCUUUAAAAUGAAUUUUUGUGUAUAUAAGGGCCUUACACCCUUUAUUAUAAACAUUAUUAACUAUCCAUCUGUCUUUGUUACUGUUUCUUUGUGUAGAGGAAUUAUUUAAAGCAUAAAAAAAGAGCAUCCAUUUCCACAUAUAUUUUUUGACAGUCAAUGUCAAAAAAUAGAUCUUUCUUCUCAUUUCUCUCAAGCUGCUAUAUCAAACACAUUUCUUUGUACUGUUUUAUGUACUAUGAAAAAGAAAUGCUGUACUUGAUGAAGGAAUAUUUGUGGAUUAUUUUUCACUCACCAAGAAAGUCUACUAUUUUUGUCACUAGUAGUCUUAAAAAAUCCUAUUUCAUCCUUAUCCUUCUUUGUCACCUUCGUAACAAGUCUUAUAUUGGUAAUAUCAAAGAAUGAUAAAAAGUAUGUUUAAAAUAUUAUUUUAUACAGUAUGUAACAAUUGUUAAAACAACAAAAUUGCAGAGGGUGGCUUUUUGUUGGCAUUAAUGUUUUUCUGAUGUCAUAAAUAGUACAUUUAUGUAUGUUUUGAUACAGCUGGUCUGAGGUUUAAAAACUGCCUGAUAUGGAUUUGGGAGAAUAAAAAGUGAGUUGUGUUGUAUGAAGAUUUUUUCCCUUUUUAAUUCCUUUUUUAAAUUUUCCUCUUCGCAAUGACAAAGUGACCACACUUGUAAAAGUGUUGUAAAAUCUUAUUGUAUCAUGUGUCUGUAAUCUCUGUAAAUUGAUAUUCAAUAAUGAGA